AAGCUUUUGGCUGCCACACGAAAGUCCAACGAGAAACCUAAAAAGAAAUCACUUUGGAUCAAUCGCGAGAGGGCUCUCUUCAUUUGUUCGAGAGGCGUUUCAGCUCUUGGGAGGCAUCUUAUGAAGGAUCUUGUUUCGAUGAUGGCGCAGUCGAAAACUGAUACCAAACUGGACACCAAGAAGGAUUUGCCUUUGAUUAAUGAGUUGGCAGAUAUGCGAAAUGCCACUAAGGUAAUUUUCUUCGAAGGUCGGAAGAAACACGAUCUAUACCUAUGGAUGAGCUGUAUUCCGGAUGGCCCGUCAGCAAAGUUUUUGGUAGAGAAUAUGAGUACAACUGCUGAGCUCAAGAUGACUGGCAAUGCACUCAAGUACAGCCGCCCUAUUCUCUCCUUCGAUCCCAGCUUCGAGAACGCCGAAAUGCCGCACUUGCAGCUCUAUAAAGAGAUGAUUGUUCAAACAUUUGGCACACCCAAUCACCAUCCCCGCAUGCAGCCGUACCUUGACAAGGUGAUGUCUAUAUCCUACUUUGCCGGCCGUGUAUGGUUUCGGAUGUAUCAGAUUGUUGAGGAGAGCGCUGCGCUUUCAGAAAUCGGUCCACGCUUCUCCCUUCUGCCCAUGAAAAUCUUUUUGGGUAGCUUUGGUGGCCCUGUGAUCUGGGAAAACCCGAAGUACAUAUCUCCCAACAAGGUGAGUUGCAUGGCUUUGAUUCUCUUUGAUUUUGCAUAA